UGCGAGUUGGCUAUUUAUUUAUUACUGAGGUGCGGUUUUUUGCUUUCGGAAAGUUUCUGCCGGUCGUGCUAAUGGGCUUGCUGUCUCAAGGCUCCCCGCUUAACUGGACAGAAACCAAGAAAUAUGCCGACCAUGUCAGGAAACACGGCAUUCUGCAGUUUCUCAACAUCUACAACAAGGCGAAGGACAGGCAGAAGGAUGUGCUAAAAUGGGGAGAUGAGGUGGAGUACAUGCUGGUCCAACUAGAUACAAAAAGUGAAAAGGCUUGUCUGGUUCUGAAUGGAAACAAAGUAUUGGAGAUGCUGCAAGAAAAAGGGAAAAAGGCCAACCCCAACCAUCCGACGCUGUGGAUGCCAGAAUAUGGCAGCUACAUGAUUGAGGGCACCCCUGGACAGCCUUACGGUUGGACGUUGUCAGAGUUUACCGCUGUAGAAGACAACAUGAGCAAACGGAGGAAGGAGGCUUGCUCUGUGCUCAACAAGGAUGAGACUUUGUUCACCUUCACAUCAUUCCCCAGGUUAGGUUGCCCUGGUUUCACAAAGCCAGAAUACAAGCCGACACCUGUUGAGAAAGGAGUCAGCAAGUCUCUUUUCUUCCCUGAUCAGGCCAUCAACAAACAUCCCCGAAUGAGCACUAUAACCAGCAACAUUCUUCACAGAAGGGGGGAGAAGGUGGUGAUCAAUGUACCGAUCUUUAAAGAUAAAAACACACCAACUCCAUUUGUGGAGACAUUUACAGAGGAUGAUGGGGAGGCAGCGAGAGCAGCCCUGCCUGACCACAUCUACAUGGAUGCCUUCGGCUUCGGAAUGGGAAACUGCUCUUUACAGGUCACAUUUCAAGCUUGCAAUAUCAGUGAGGCUCGAUACCUCUAUGACCAGCUGGCCACAUUCUGCCCCAUAGUGAUGGCCCUCAGUGCUGCUUCUCCCUUCUAUCAUGGCUACAUAUCAGAUAUCGACUGCCAAUGGGGUGUCAUGUCAGCCUCUGCGGAUGACCGGACUCGGGAAGAACGAGGGCUGGAGCCUUUGAAAAACAACAAGUUCAGGAUCCACAAGUCAAGAUGGGAUUCCAUUGACAGCUACCUUUCUUUAAGGGGGGAAAAAUACAAUGAUAUAGAAUUGACGAAAGAUGAUGAUAUCUACAAUCAGCUCCUUGAUGCAGGCAUUGACAGAUUACUGGCCCAGCACAUUGCCCACCUCUUUAUUCGUGACCCAUUGUUGCUUUUACAGGAGAAGAUUAAUUUGGAUGAUGAGAAUGAAUCAGAACACUUUGAGAAUAUUCAAUCAACUAAUUGGCAGACCAUGAGGUUUAAACCACCUCCUCCAAAUACUGACAUAGGUUGGAGAGUAGAGUUCCGUCCCAUGGAGGUUCAGUUAACUGACUUUGAGAAUGCUGCAUAUGUUGUGUUUGUCAUUCUUCUUACACGGGUAAUGCUUUCUUACAAGUUAGACUUCCUCAUUCCCUUGUCGAAGGUUGACGACAACAUAAAAGUUGCACAGAAACGAAAUGCAGUGCAAGAAGGCCUUUUUUAUUUCAGAAAGGACAUAUUUAAAGGUACAGAAUUUUUAUAUGACAACACCGCAUCUGCACAAAAUGGCGUAGAAACCAAUGAAGAUCAUGGAGAGUACACUCUGAUGAGCAUCAACACAAUAAUUAAUGGGAAGGAGGGAGUGUUCCCAGGUCUUGUACCAAUUCUAAACUGCUACCUGGAGAAUAUGGAUGUUGAUGUUGACACACACUGCACCAUCUUGAACUACUUGAAACUUAUUAGGAAGCGAGCAUCAGGAGAACUGAUGACCAUGGCAAAGUGGAUGAGGGAAUUUGUUGCCAAGCAUCCACAAUACAAGAAAGACAGCGUGAUAACUGACAAAAUAAACUAUGACCUGCUUUGUAAGUGCGACCGAAUUGCCAAGGGGGCCGAGCAGUGUCCUGAACUAAUUGAUGACCCAGUGAAAAGAGGAAACUGAAGCACAACAAGAACACUGUGUCAUAAAAGAAAAAAAGUUUUUUUUGUAUGUUUGGUUGUUUGAA